CGGGAGGCGGUGGCGGCGGAGGGGGAGGUGCGAGCCGGGCACCGCCCCCGGCCCCUCCCCGGCCCUCCCCGCGCAGCGCUCAGACCGCGGGCGGCCCAGGGGCGGGCGCGCCGCUGCAUCCCCAUCCUCGUCGUCGCCCGGCACAGCGCGAGCGGGCGAGCGGCGCGGGCGGCCGGAGCGCCGAGGCCCGGCCAUGGCCACCACCAGCACCACGGGCUCCACCCUGCUGCAGCCCCUCAGCAACGCCGUGCAGCUGCCCAUCGACCAGGUCAACUUUGUAGUGUGCCAACUCUUUGCCUUGCUAGCAGCCAUUUGGUUUCGAACUUAUCUACAUUCAAGCAAAACUAGCUCUUUUAUAAGACAUGUAGUUGCUACCCUUUUGGGCCUUUAUCUUGCACUUUUUUGCUUUGGAUGGUAUGCCUUACACUUUCUUGUACAAAGUGGAAUUUCCUACUGUAUCAUGAUCAUCAUAGGAGUGGAGAACAUGCACAAUUACUGCUUUGUGUUUGCUCUGGGAUACCUCACAGUGUGCCAAGUUACUCGAGUCUAUAUCUUUGACUAUGGACAAUAUUCUGCUGAUUUUUCAGGCCCAAUGAUGAUCAUUACUCAGAAGAUCACUAGUUUGGCUUGCGAAAUUCAUGAUGGGAUGUUUCGGAAGGAUGAAGAACUGACUUCCUCACAGAGGGAUUUAGCUGUAAGGCGCAUGCCAAGCCUACUGGAGUAUUUGAGUUACAACUGUAACUUCAUGGGGAUCCUGGCAGGCCCGCUUUGCUCUUACAAAGACUACAUUACUUUCAUUGAAGGCAGAUCAUACCAUAUCACACAAUCUGGUGAAAAUGGAAAAGAAGAGACACAGUAUGAAAGAACAGAGCCAUCUCCAAAUACUGCAGUUAUUCAGAAGCUCUUAGUUUGUGGGCUGUCCUUGUUAUUUCACUUGACCAUCUGUACAACAUUACCUGUGGAGUACAACAUUGAUGAGCAUUUUCAAGCUACAGCUUCGUGGCCAACAAAGAUUAUCUAUCUGUAUAUCUCUCUUUUGGCUGCCAGACCCAAAUACUAUUUUGCAUGGACGCUAGCUGAUGCCAUUAAUAAUGCUGCAGGCUUUGGUUUCAGAGGGUAUGACAAAAAUGGAGCAGCUCGCUGGGACUUAAUUUCCAAUUUGAGAAUUCAACAAAUAGAGAUGUCAACAAGUUUCAAGAUGUUUCUUGAUAAUUGGAAUAUUCAGACAGCUCUUUGGCUCAAAAGGGUGUGUUAUGAACGAACCUCCUUCAGUCCAACUAUCCAGACGUUCAUUCUCUCUGCCAUUUGGCACGGGGUAUACCCAGGAUAUUAUCUAACGUUUCUAACAGGGGUGUUAAUGACAUUAGCAGCACGAGCUAUGAGAAAUAACUUUAGACAUUUUUUCAUUGAACCUUCCCAACUGAAAUUAUUUUAUGAUGUUAUAACAUGGAUAGUAACUCAAGUAGCAAUAAGUUACACAGUUGUGCCAUUCGUACUUCUUUCUAUAAAACCAUCAUUCACGUUUUACAGCUCCUGGUAUUACUGCCUGCACAUUCUUGGUAUCUUAGUAUUAUUGUUGUUGCCAGUGAAAAAAACUCAAAGAAAGAAUACACAUGAAAACAUUCAGCUCUCACAAUCCAAAAAGUCUGAUGAAGGAGAAAAUUCUUUGGGAUGGAACAGUUUUUCUACAACAAACAAUGUUUGCAAUCAGAAUCAAGAACUGGCCUCGAGACAUUCAUCACUAAAGCAGUGAUCGGGAAGGCUCCAAGGGCUGUUUUUUUUUUUUUUUUUGAUGUUAACAGAAACCAAUCUUAGCACCUUUUCAAGGGGUUUGAGUUUGUUGGAAAAGCAAUGAACUGGGGGGAAAUGGACAGUUAUAGAUAAGGAAUUUCCUGUACACCAGAUUGGAAAUGGAGCGAAACAAGCCCUCCCAUGCCAUGUCCCCGUGGGCCAUGCCUUAUGUAAGAGUAUUUCCAUAUUUCAGUGGGCACUCCCAACCUCAGCACUUGUCCGUAGGGUCACAUGCGUGCCCUGUUGCUGAAUGUACGUUGUGUAUCCCCAGGCACUGAAGAGGUGGAAAAAUAAUCGUGUCAAUCUGGAUGAUAGAGAGAAAUUAACUUUUCCAAAUGAAUGUCUUGCCUUAAACCCUCUAUUUCCUAAAAUAUGUUCCUAAAUGGUAUUUUCAAGUGUAAUAUUGUGAGAACGCUACUGCAGUAGUUGAUGUUGUGUGUUGUAAAGGAUUUUAGGAGGAAUUUGAAACAGGAUAUUUAAGAGUGUGGAUAUUUUUUAAAUGCAAUAAACAUCUCAGUAUUUGAAGGGUUUUCUUAAAGUAUGUCAAAUGACUACAAUCCAUAGUGAAACUGUAAACAGUAAUGGACGCCAAAUUAUAGGUAGCUGAUUUUGCUGGAGAGUUUAAUUACCUUGUGCAGUCAAAGAGCGCUUCCAGAAGGAAUUUCUUAAAACAUGAUGAAAGGUUUGGUAAUGUGAUAUUUUAAGCUUAUUCUUUUUCUUAAAAGAGAGAGGUGACGAAGGAAGGCAGGAAUGAAGAAGCACUGUGUGGCCUCCGGUGGAAUGCAUGGGGCACAGCCGCGGCUCUGCCGACCGCUUCUCCCCCACGCCAGAGCUCUGCGCCAUCAUGUGAGACUUAAAAAAGUUGAAUGACUUUGUGAUACUUUGGACUCCUAAAUUAAAUUUAUCAGGCAUAAAUUAUGUAGAAUUAGAGGCUUUGAAAAUAAUACUGGUAGGUUGCUCAAAGGUUUUGAAAGAGAAAUCGCUAGGUAGGUUACUAUCUGGCUAAUCCAUUUCUUAUCCUUGACAAUUUAAUUCAUAUUUGGGAAACUUUUAGGGAAAUGAAAACUAAAAGUCAUUGAGUCUGGGUGACAUUUUUUGAGAAUAAUAUAAAUUCAGUUUCAAACGCUUCUCACAUUAAAAUUUUGCUGUGAACUCUUACUAAAAUGAGUUUUAGGUUCUGUAAGUGGAAAAAUGUGCUUUUAUUUUAUGGGCCAUUUUUACCACGAUUAAUCUUGCCUUGGAUUACUAGGCGUCUCCUGCGAUCCCACAGAGGACUGUGGUGGCCACAGGAGCUGAAAGCAGAAGAGUGGGAUUUGACGCCAGGCAGUGGAGCGGCCUCAGCCCCAGAUUGUACCUCCUGCCCUGUGGCAGGGGGCGGGGGGCAAAGCCUUCUGACUUCACCGUUAUUUGACCUAUGUAUGGAACUUACUUUUACUUUUUGCCUUAAAUUUUUAAUGAAAUGCAAAUUUUCUG